UCAGGGUCAAUUGAAAAGAUAUAACAUCACCUGACUUUGUUAUUUUAAUAUUCAAUUGCCUGAAAAGGCUAUAAAUUUCACAUUCAAUAGAUUAAUCUUUAAAAUCACAAUUUGUAUGAUAGACUUUGAAUCAUGUUUCAAAAAUUAAUAAUUAUAAUAUUUACUUCUCAUGAUCAAAUAAUAGCAAAACUAUUGAAAACUGUAUAUGAAAGUAUGUUUUGUUAGGUAUACUAUUUGCAAUUAUUAAAUUGUAUUCAUGUCACAACGCUUUCAAUUAAAUUAUUUUAAAGAUUCAACCUUUAACCUGAAGUUAUGAUUCAGGCACUAAAGCUUGGGUUGUUAUUGAAUCACAGGACAUUUGAAGGUUACCGGGUCAUUGAAAGAACAAUAUUUAAGUGCGCGCCCGAUCUCUUCAAAGUUCAAGUUCAAACUUUCGUUCAGAAAACUUUAUUAGUUGUGAGCACAAACUUUCAAUCAAGACUAUUUUCUAAAAUGGGUCGUAAAUUCUUUGUUGGUGGUAAUUGGAAAAUGAACGGUAGUAAAUCAUCUAUUGAUGAAAUAGUGAAUUUUUUGAGCAAAGGUCCAUUGGAUUCAAAAGUUGAUGUUGUUGUCGGAGUGCCUGCUAUUUAUCUUGAUUACGCAAAGAGCAAGCUGCCAGCCAAUGUAUUCGCAUCAGCUCAAAACUGCUACAAAGAACCCAAGGGAGCAUUUACAGGAGAAAUCAGUCCAGCCAUGUUGAAGGAUGUAGGAAUCAAUUACGUCAUUCUAGGGCAUUCUGAAAGAAGGCAUGUCUUUGGAGAAUCCGAUGAGUUGAUAGCAGAGAAGACAGCACAUGCAUUGGAGAACGGACUGACUGUGAUAGCUUGUAUUGGCGAGAAGCUGGAAGAAAGGGAAGCAGGUCAAACGGAGGCGGUCGUCUUCCGGCAAACGGCAGCCAUUGCUGCCAAAGUCAGCAACUGGUCCAAUGUGGUCAUCGCCUAUGAGCCAGUCUGGGCCAUUGGCACCGGAAAGACUGCCUCGCCCCAACAGGCGCAGGAAGUUCACGAGAAGCUGCGUGCUUGGUUGAAGGAGAAGCUGGGUGGGGCUGUGGCAGAGAGCAUGCGCAUCAUCUAUGGCGGGUCAGUGACGGCAGCCAAUAGCAAGGAGCUAGCCAAGCAGGCCGACAUUGACGGCUUCCUCGUCGGCGGCGCCUCUCUCAAGCCCGAAUUCGUCGACAUUGUCAACUCAAACCAAUAAUACCGUAUUCUUACUAACAUCCAGCUCAAGUCUGACUUUCUUAAUUGCGCCAUAACACUGUUGGUGCAACAUACCAAUUACUGAGACGUUCCUAGACACUGACUGAGACAGAUUUCAUUGGUCACAUGUACAAACGUUAAUCAAGAUUUGGUCCCUGAUCAACCAGUAUUGUAUUGGAGAUCUACCUCGAUUGACGUUUAUGCGGCUGAUCAUAUUUUUCUACUUUCAUACAACUUAUAGAAUCUCCAAUUUCAAAAGU